GUUACAGGGCUGCUUGCAGCUGGUACGGACCAUAAGGAUGCUUGGGUACGGGACAACAUCUACAGCAUCCUGGCUGUGUGGGGGCUGGGGAUGGCUUAUCGGAAGAACGCGGACCGGGAUGAGGAUAAGGCCAAAGCCUACGAGCUUGAGCAGAACGUUGUGAAGCUGAUGCGGGGACUCUUACAGUGCAUGAUGCGACAGGUAGAUAAGGUAGAGAAGUUCAAAUGCACACAGAGUACCAAAGACUGCCUACAUGCAAAGUACAACUCUGCUACUUGUGCCACGGUGGUUGGGGACGACCAGUGGGGGCAUUUACAAGUGGAUGCAACUUCUCUUUACCUGCUCUUCUUGGCACAGAUGACUGCAUCAGGGUUACGAAUUAUCUUCACCCUAGAUGAAGUUACCUUUAUUCAGAAUCUUGUUUUUUACAUAGAAGCUGCCUACAAAGUUGCUGAUUAUGGAAUUUGGGAACGUGGUGAUAAGACAAACCAAGGCAUCCCUGAACUGAACGCAAGCUCCGUAGGGAUGGCCAAAGCUGCUUUGGAAGCAAUUGAUGAACUAGAUCUUUUUGGUGCUCAUGGAGGACAUAAAUCAGUGAUUCAUGUUCUUCCGGAUGAAGUAGAACAUUGUCAGUCUAUUCUAUACUCCAUGUUGCCAAGGGCAUCCACGUCAAAGGAAAUCGAUGCUGGCCUUCUCUCUAUAAUUUCUUACCCAGCUUUUGCAGUGGAGGAUAUAAACCUUGUUAAUGUGACCAAGAGUGAAAUCAUAUCCAAAUUGCAGGGCCGCUAUGGCUGCUGUCGCUUUCUCCGAGAUGGUUACAAGACACCCAGAGAGGAUCCAAGCAGGCUGCACUAUGAUCCUGCUGAGCUCAAGCUCUUUGAGAAUAUUGAAUGUGAGUGGCCGGUAUUCUGGACGUACUUCCUAAUUGAUGGAGUAUUUAAUGAGGACAAAAUUCAGGUACAAGAGUAUAGAGAGGCUCUGGAAGGAAUACUUAUUAGAGAGAAGAACGGAAUAGUGCUAAUGCCUGAACUGUAUGCAGUCCCUCCAGAGAAGGUCGAUGAGGAGUAUGAAAAUCCUCACUCAGUGGAUCGUGUCCCAGUGGGAAAGUUGCCUCAUCUUUGGGGACAAUCAUUGUAUAUCCUUAGCUGCCUGUUAGCAGAGGGAUUUCUUGCUGCGGGUGAAAUUGAUCCCUUAAACAGGAGAUUUUCCACUGGAUUUAAACCUGAUGUUGUGGUACAAGUGACUGUUUUGGCAGAAUCUAAUCAAAUUAAGAAUCUCUUGCGAGGCCAUGGAAUCAAUGUUCAGAGCAUUGCUGAUAUCCAUCCGCUCAGAGUGCAGCCAGCUCGCAUCCUGAGUAACCUCUACACCAUGCUGGGCCGAAACAAGAGCAUGAAAUUAAGCGGACGGCCACACCGACACAUUGGUGUGUUAGGCACCUCCAAGCUGUAUGUGAUAAGAAAUCAAAUAUUUGCUUUUACCCCUCAGUUUACUGACCAGCAUCACUUCUAUCUGGCUCUAGACAAUCAGAUGAUUGUGGAGAUGCUCAAAACAGAGCUGGCUUACCUCACUUCUUGUUGGAGGAUGACAGGGAGACCAAUCCUGACGUUUCCCAUCACCCACACAAUGCUUGUUGAUGAUGGUACUGACAUUCAUCCAGCAGUUCUUGCCACCAUAAGAAAAUUAGAAGAUGGUUAUUUUGGAGGUGCAAGGGUGAAGAUAGGCAAGCUAUCGGAAUUUCUUACCACCUCUUUUCAUACAUAUCUGAGCUUCCUGGAUCCAGACUGUGAUGUAAAACUGUUGGACGACCCUAGUGAAGGCUAUAAUAGUCCUGACAGUGAAUAUGGAGGCUAUCCGGUAGACUUCUGUGAAAAAGAAAGCCAGGAUGAGCUGGAUCAGUAUAUAAAUGACAUCCUGCAGAGUACGGCACUGAAGCCAUACCUGCCUCCAACUUCAAAGACUGCGAAUCAAAUACCUGUGUUCAGUGCAAACCAUUCCACAAACGAGAUACUGUCAAUAAUGGCCAAGACAAAGGGCUUGGAGGUUCCAGCUGUGUCUAUGUCUCUUCCCACUAAAGUUCUGAACACACAUCGGAAGUCUCUGAAUCUUGUUGAUAAUCCCCAUUUCCUUGAGGCAAAG